ACUACAUUUAGGAGUGAAUUCAUUGAUUUUCUUCUUAUAUUUCAUCCUAAUCCCCUUUGAUCGUUGUAAAUUUGGCUCAUAAAGUAUAGCUUUGGAAUACUGACAUUUCAAGAUAUGAGCCUACCAUUAAAGGGGUUGCAGGUGGAAGUAACUAGGUGGGACAGCAUAUUGAAGCUUGGAGCUAAUUGAUGGGUUUGUUUGAACUAAUCUAUGUAACAAGUUUGAUUAGUUUCGAUGGCCUCAAAAUCUAAUGCCAGAAUAUCCCCAGAAAGGCAGAGGAAACCAACAGCUGGCCAAGCAGUAGAAGGAAACUUUCACAAGACUUUACCAGUAGAGACUACAAAGACAAGCACACUGGAGAUAGUUAGCCCAAAAAAACUACCUAAAGCAUCACAGCAAGUUGCAUCAAAACAAGUUUCAACAGCAACUGUGGAAAAUGGAAAAUUGCUGAACCCUCAUAAAUCAAAGCUUGUGGAUUCUUUAACUGAUAAAGUAGAUUCAAGUUUAUCCUUGGAUGAUGCGAAAGAAGUGCUGACUUCUUUUGGUACGGAAGUGAACCAGAUUGGGAAUUUAUCAGGAGCUGACACUGAGCAAGAAAAGAAAAAAUUGGAACAUGGGGUUAGCCCAGCUUCAGCUAAAGUCAAUAAUGAGACUAGCAGUGUUGUUAAGACUGGUGGAAAUGCCAAACUAAAUGAACGUCCAAAUUUUGUUGAGAGUGGAAAGAAUAGUAUGUGUAGGGGUAGCACAAGCAGUGAUUUCAGUGAUGAGAGCACUUGUAGCAGCUUCAGUAGUGGGAUCAACAAACCUCAUAAAGCAAAUGAUCUCCGUUGGGAAGCCAUACAAGCCAUCCGAGCAAAAGAUGGUUGGUUGGGUUUGAACCACUUCAGACUUCUUAGGAGAUUAGGUUGUGGGGAUAUUGGAAGUGUCUACCUUUCAGAAUUGAGUGGAACAAAAUGUUAUUUUGCAAUGAAGGUUAUGGACAAAGCAUCAUUAGCAAGUCGUAAGAAACUUCUUCGAGCCCAAACAGAGAGAGAAAUAUUACAAUGUUUGGACCAUCCCUUUCUUCCAACAUUGUAUUCACAUUUUGAGACUGAUAAGUUCUCAUGCUUGGUGAUGGAGUUCUGCCCUGGGGGUGACUUGCACACGCUACGGCAGAGACAAGCAGGGAAGCAUUUUUCUGAACAAGCAGUAAAAUUUUAUGUGGCAGAGAUUCUUCUUGCUCUAGAAUAUCUCCACAUGCUUGGCAUUGUUUACCGUGAUCUGAAGCCAGAAAAUGUUCUUGUUCGGGAAGAUGGACACAUUAUGCUCUCUGACUUUGAUCUUUCCCUCCGAUGUGCUGUCAGCCCAACUCUUGUCAAGUCAACUACACUUGAGUCUGAAGUCCUGCGAAAAAAUCCAGUCUAUUGUGUUCAACCAGCUUGCAUUGAACCCUCUUGCAUCCAGCCAUCAUGUGUGGCUCCCACAACGUGUUUCUCCCCUCGCAUCUUUUCAAGCAAAUCUAAGAAAGACCGGAAACCCAAGAAUGAGAUGGGAAACCAAGUCACUCCAUUGCCUGAGCUUAUUGCUGAGCCUACCAAUGCUCGGUCCAUGUCAUUUGUAGGAACCCACGAAUACUUGGCCCCUGAAAUUAUAAAAGGUGAGGGUCAUGGCAGUGCUGUUGAUUGGUGGACGUUUGGAAUAUUUUUGUACGAGCUAUUGUUUGGUAAGACUCCUUUUAAAGGGUCUGGAAAUCGAGCAACCCUCUUCAAUGUGGUGGGACAACCAUUGAGAUUCCCAGAGGCUCCAGUAGUAAGUUUUUCAGCAAGGGACUUGAUAAGGGGAUUGCUUGUCAAAGAGCCACAGCAUAGGUUGGCAUACAAACGAGGGGCAACGGAGAUCAAACAACAUCCCUUCUUUGAAGGUGUAAACUGGGCUUUGAUUCGAUGUGCCAGUCCACCUGAGAUCCCAAAACCAGUGGAUAUCGAGCAGCUUUGUGCUCCUGCUACAUCUGCUGGCAGCAAAGGUGCUGUUGACACUUCAGCUGCCAAUGACAAUAACUAUCUUGAAUUUGAUUUCUUUUAAGCAUUCCACAAACUCCAUUGCCUGUUUUUCCUUUCAGCCUUUUUUCUUUUUAUUUUUUGGUCCUUUCCUCCUUCUUGAAGGAAAUGUAGAGUCAUAUGAUUUGUGAUGAUGUCCAAAUUAGUGUUUUUUUAUAAUGAUAAUGACCAUAUGCUUGAUUUUCUUUGCAUAAAUGAAAAGACCAAGU